AAACGGCGGCGCACGCGACACCUCAACGACCGCAAGUUCGUGUUCGAGUGGGAUGCAUCCGAGGACACCUCCAUCGACUACAACCCCCUGUACAAGGAGAGGCACCAGGUGCAGCUGCUGGGCCGCGGCUUCAUCGCAGGCAUCGACCUGAAGCAGCAGAAACGGGAGCAGUCGCGGUUCUAUGGGGACCUGAUGGAGAAGAGGCGAACACUGGAGGAGAAGGAGCAGGAGGAGGCUCGGCUGCGGAAGCUGCGGAAGAAGGAGGCGAAGCAGCGCUGGGACGACAGGCACUGGUCCCAGAAGAAGCUGGACGAGAUGACAGACAGAGAUUGGCGCAUUUUCCGUGAGGAUUACAGCAUCACCACCAAAGGGGGGAAGAUCCCCAACCCCAUCCGCUCCUGGAAGGACUCCUCCCUGCCCCCACACAUCCUCGAGGUCAUCGACAAGUGUGGAUACAAGGAGCCAACCCCGAUCCAGCGCCAGGCCAUCCCCAUCGGGCUGCAGAACAGGGACAUCAUCGGUGUGGCCGAGACUGGCAGCGGCAAAACGGCAGCAUUCCUGAUCCCUCUGCUCGUCUGGAUCACCACCCUGCCCAAAAUCGACCGGAUCGAGGAGUCAGACCAGGGCCCCUACGCCAUCAUCCUGGCCCCAACCCGUGAGCUGGCACAGCAGAUCGAGGAGGAAACCAUCAAGUUUGGGAAACCUUUGGGCAUCCGCACGGUGGCUGUGAUCGGAGGCAUCUCCCGCGAGGACCAGGGAUUCCGUCUGCGCAUGGGCUGCGAGAUUGUCAUUGCCACGCCGGGUCGACUCAUCGAUGUGCUGGAGAACAGGUACCUGGUGCUGAGCCGCUGCACCUAUGUGGUGCUGGACGAGGCCGAUCGCAUGAUCGACAUGGGCUUCGAGCCUGACGUGCAGAAGAUCCUGGAGCACAUGCCAGUGAGCAACCAGAAACCUGACACUGACGAGGCCGAGGACCCCGAGAAGAUGUUGGCCAACUUUGAGUCAGGGAAGCACAAGUACAGACAGGUGGGUGCGGGCAGAUGGGGCUGGGGGCAUCUUGUGGGGUUGGGAGGUGUUCCAUGGGGACGUGUGGAGCAGAAGGUCUUCCUCAUGUCUGAGUCGGAGAAGAGGAAGAAGCUGUUGGCCAUCCUGGAACAAGGCUUCGACCCACCCAUCAUCAUCUUCGUCAACCAGAAGAAAGGCUGCGAUGUGCUGGCCAAGUCUCUGGAGAAGAUGGGGUACAACGCCUGCACCCUGCACGGAGGGAAGGGCCAGGAGCAGCGAGAGUUCGCCCUCUCCAACCUCAAGGCUGGGGCCAAGGACAUCCUGGUGGCCACGGACGUGGCUUGCAUCCACGACGUCUCCAUGGUGGUCAACUAUGACAUGGCCAAGAACAUCGAGG